CAAAUGGCGGACGGAAGUAGAUGUCUCUUCUUGAAACUUUGAGCAACUUAUCAUGACUUUAGAAGCCGCUAUAAAAGUACUCAAACGCGCAGUUGAGCUCGAUGAYGACAAGAGCUUUUCAGAAGCCUUGGUUUGUUACCAAGAAGGCAUGGAAUUGCUUAUGAAUGUACUAAAAGAUACCAAAGACGAUAAUACAAGAAGGCYCUACAGGGAGCAAAUGAACUCAUAUUUAGAGCGAGCAACAAAGCUUAAGGAYUUCGUAAYCGAAAAGAAAAAAGCAGGAGAAUAUCACGAACAGAUUAAAAUCCCAGACGGAGCUGUAGGCUAUAGCUAUGCUAGGAUUUUCGGUCCUUACUUAGAUAAACAAGUUGAAGAAGUUGUUGUUGAGGAUCCUUACGUCAGAAGUGUUCAUCAGAUUUAUAAUUUCUUAAGACUUUGUGAACUGCUUGUGUUAAAAGGAAAAGUGCGCAUUAUCAGACUUUUGACAGGUCAAGACAAUGCCAGUCCACAAAACAUCAAAACCCAACAAGAUAGACUAAAUGAACUUGGCAAAAAUCUUGAAAAACAUAACAUUAAAUUUCAAGUGGAAUACUGCAACACAUUGCAUGACAGAGAAAUUCGCUUCAAUACUGGCUGGGUGAUAAAGAUUGGUCGAGGACUGGACUAUUUUAAACCACCAGAAGGGAAAUUUUGCAUUGGUUAUUGUGAUUAUAAUUUAAGACGAUGUCAUCAGACCGAUGUAGAUGUGUAUUUUAAAAGGAAAUAGUGCAUUGGUGGAUCCAGGGGGGGUUCCGAUCCAGGGGGGGUUCCAUGAGUUCCUAGGAACCCCCCUCAAGCAUAAAAAAAUAAAAAAUAAAAUAAAUGAUAAAUUGAAUAAAAUGAAAACGCAUCGUACAAUGAAAAAGUUCGUUUUAGGUAAAUGUGAAAACAAAGUGGAACUCCCCUUUGAAAAAUCCUGGAUCCGCCACUGUAGUGGUAGACUUAUUACAUAUUACAGACACUUCACAAAACCGUGGAGUGAAACUAUGACUUAUGGAAUCAGUCUAAGUCAUACUUGAUAGAGGGGAAUGGGUUUGGAAACGUUUGGUUGACUUCUUUCGUACAUCUUUUGUACGUAUUUUGAGGUUGAAUCAUUCUGAAGACUGUGUAAAAUGUUUUUUUCUUACCGACAAUGAAAAUUACAAAAUGAGUGAACAUAAACCCUUUCUAUGAGAUUAUGAAAUGAGAUAUUCCAAUAUUGGUUAAAAGUUUUUUAAGCACUUUGAAGAAAUAGUCAAAAGAAUAAUUUUCCCUCUGUUCAUUCAGAUGUGACCAGUAUGGCUAAAUCUAUAAGUCAAACAAAAGAUUGUGCACUGUCGUUCUUGGAAAAAAAAUGCACAAAAACCUACAACAAAUGGCUUCCUUAUAACCAUUCAUUUGGACCUUCAAGUCCAAGCAUGCCUCAGGGUGAAUUUCUAGACUGGGUUUCAUGUUGUGUCUGCAGUUUUCUAGCAUUUUUUCUCGCAGCUGUGUUGCACACAGRAUAUAUGAAUUAUUAUCAUUGUUUUGUCGAAUUUUAUUUAGAAGUAAAAUUAUAUUGUCCAUGGAAAAUCUUGAAAGUUCAUUACCUUGGGCUCCCUGUGUAUUAUCUUCCGUUCUAUUGCACUCCCC